GUGCACAUGCGUGGGGUGUUUGCACAUGUAUGUGGGGAUGCACAUGUGUGUGAAGUUUACCUCCGAUGUACGUGUGCGCGCAUGUAUUGGUGGGGUGCACAUGCGUGUGUGGAGUGUGCCUGCUGUGGGGGGGGGGGGUCCCCUUAGGCUGUGUGUGGCCGUGCAAAAUUUCCCCCGGAUACACGUGUGUGUUUUGUGAGCGGGGUGGGGGCGGUUGUUACCCUGAGACCCCGUGUUUGCGUGUCAGAGCGAGCGGGCAUGCGUGCACCCGUGUGCACACGGGGCGUUUGGGUGCAUGUGUGACGUUCCCCCUAGACACGUGUGCACAUACGUGUGCGGUGACUCCUUUGCGCUGCCCCGCAGCCCCUCCCCUCCCCACCCAGCACGGCCGACUCACCAGCCGGAGGCCGCUGUAUGGGGAGUCAGACGGGUCUCGGCCGACUCGCCUCUAAAGCCCAGCUGUCGGUGCUGGUCCCCCAGUCUCUGCCGGGGCAGCCCUAGCGGGGGGCACUGCCAGGGCUGCGGGAGCCGGGCCAGGAGGCUGCUGCUCCGCAUCCGUCGUCCCCCGAGGGCCAGGGGAGAGGCGCGCCGUGGGAGUCUGCGGCUGUUACUCGUUUUCUUUUUCCUCCCCAAGAGCCGAGCGCCCGGGAGGCUGCUGUCGCCCACUCCCGCUUGGAGCGGGCGCGCCGGGAGCUCUCCCGCGCCGGAGACGUUCAAGGAGAGCCUCCGGACGUCGCGUUCAAGUCUACAAAAAAAUGCCAAAGAGUGCAAAAGUGACCCCUAAGGACCGCGUCGCUCAGUUCGGCAAGGAUAAAUUUCACGCCGACGGGACGGUGCUGUUCUGCACCGCGUGCCGCAAGGCCGUCGAUCAUGUCCGCAAGCAGUCGAUCGUCGAGCACAUGGAAAGCGCUAAGCACAAACAGAACGAAAAGAGACGACGACAAGACGCUGAAACAGCAGGUCCAUCAAAAUCAGCGAAGAAACAGUGCGCUGGGACUGCAGCAGUCGAGCGCUCUACAGUUGCCAAAGACCACCGGCACACCCUCAUUUUGGAUUUUGUUCGAAUGUGCUUGAAAGCAAACUUUCCUCUGCAUAAAAUGGAUUUGCCUGUUGUCAGGGAUUUUUUGAGCAAGCACGUGAAGGGAGGGGGUGCCAUUCCCAAGUCAGACCAGUUGUAUUCCCACCUCCCCACUCUUUUUGAAGAGGAAAAACAGCGCCUUCUUCGUGACUUCGAGGGAAACUUCAUUGCCGUGAUCGCCAAUGAACCAACCGACUUCCAAAAUAGAUCCAUUUUCAACAUUUUAUUUCAGGUGCUCAGGGUACAUCCUCCGAGGCAUGCCGACAUUCCCGCGCCGCAGCUGGUAAAGACCGUGUGCCUGGGGAAAGUGAAUCAUGCCACCAUUUCCCAAGCCCUGAUUUCUUGCAUGGUGGAAUUCAGCAUCCCACUUGAGCGAAUAUUGGCAUUUGUGACCGACAGCGGGAGCUACAUGGCGAAGGCUUGGAACGACGUGCUUUGCACUCUGUGGUCCAACUGUGUACACAUCUGUUGCUACGCCCAUAUAGUUGCUCUGGCGGGAGAUACCUGGCGAGAUGCCUUCAAGCAAGUGGAUCGCUUUGUUGCUUUGAUGAAGUCACUUCUAGCGAAGGCUCCAGCUCGUGCACAGUUCUUGAGAUACUUGAAGGAACAGAGUGUGGGUUCACCAACACUUCCACCCGAACCAGUUGUGACCAGGUGGAAAACAUGGUUCAGCUGUGUGGAGUACCACGCACGGCACUACCAGCUCUACCGUGGGUUCGUGGAGCAGGAACGAACGGAACAAGGGGAUACAUCUAUUCUGCAGGAACUGGCCAGCCUGCUAGCAUUAGAAGACCUGCACACUGACCUGAAGUACAUUGCAGAGAGCUGUGGAUGCCUGGUGACAGCACUCGACAUUUUACAGUCCCAAAAGUGCCAAAUACACAAAGUAUACAACACUAUCCUGGAUUUAAUUUCACGGCUGGAGAAUCUUGCAUCAUCAACGGAUAAUGCAAAAGGGUCCAUGGCUGCUCAAAGCGCUGCUGAUAAGCUGAGACAGUACAACGUGAAAAGUAAACAGCCAGCAAUUGAUUUUCUCUGUGCUGUCCGUGCGCUAGAUCCGAAACAAAUUGGUGCUGUUUAUACAGAUUAUGAAACUGUGAAACCAGAAUUAAAGCUGUCCAACGAAUGCAACGUGGAGUGGCCGGUGUAUUUGGGGAUCGUCAAAGACGGGUUUGCAGACAUCGAGGAUCCUAUUCAGUUCUGGAUGGCGAUUGAAGAUCGCAUUCCCAACCUGGCGAAGUACGCGGUGGUUCUCCUCCAGCUGACGGUCAAUUCAGCUGACGUGGAAAGAAGUUUCAGCAAACUCGGGGUUCUUUUCAGUGCUCAGCGCCAGCGUCUGAAAGAUGAAAAUGUGGCUGGGAUGCUGCAGCUCUACUUUAACAGCCCGGAAUAACUUAGAAAAUGAUUAAAUUUUCUGUGCAUUUGAAAAAAA